UUCAGGCCUCAUGGCCAGCGCGGGACUCCACCACUCCUCCCCGUCUUCCUCGCCCUGCCGAAUCUCCUACCGAACCCACGCGAGGCCGGCGUCCGGCUCUUCUCCCCCGCGGUUCAGAUCCCCGGAUCGAGCCGGCGCCUCGUGAAAGUCCGCAACGGCGACGAGGUCGCUUGGAGCUGUGGAUCUGCUGAGGUGGCGACAUGGGGCUGGAUUUGGGAGCUAUUCUCAAACCCGGCAGCUUCGGGGUCUCGGACCACGACGCCAUCGUUUCGAUCAACAUCUUCAUCGCGCUGCUCUGCAGCUGCAUUGUCAUCGGGCACCUGCUGGAAGGGAACCGAUGGGUGAACGAGUCCAUCACUGCGCUUGUCAUGGGUCUGAUCACUGGAGGUGUGAUUCUGCUCGCCACUAAUGGGACAAAUUCACGCAUCCUUGUGUUCAGCGAGGACCUCUUUUUCAUCUAUUUGCUUCCGCCAAUAAUCUUCAAUGCUGGGUUUCAAGUAAAGAAAAAGCAAUUCUUCCGCAACUUUAUGACAAUUAUUUUGUUCGGAGCUGUUGGGACUCUGAUUUCCUUCGUAAUAAUCACUCUUGGUGCCAUGGGAUUGUUCAAAAAACUUGAUGUUGGUCCACUCGAGCUUGGAGACUAUCUUGCAAUUGGCGCUAUUUUCUCUGCAACAGACUCGGUUUGCACCUUGCAGGUGCUUAACCAGGAUGAAACACCCCUACUCUAUAGUCUAGUUUUUGGUGAAGGUGUUGUUAAUGAUGCAACAUCUGUUGUGCUCUUCAAUGCAAUUGAAAACCUUGAUAUUGGUCAUUUUGAUGCUCUUGUUCUGUUGAAUUUCAUCGGAAAAUUCCUCUAUCUGUUCUUCACCAGCACGAUACUUGGAGUAGCUGCUGGGUUGCUUAGUGCGUACAUUAUCAAGAAGCUUUGUUUUGCAAGACAUUCAACUGACAGAGAAGUUUCUAUCAUGAUGCUCAUGGCAUACCUUUCAUACAUGCUGUCAAUGCUGUUGGACCUGAGUGGCAUUCUUACUGUCUUCUUCUGUGGAAUAGUAAUGUCACAUUACACAUGGCAUAAUGUGACAGAAAGCUCUAGAGUUACCACUAAGCAUACUUUUGCAACUUUAUCGUUCAUUGCAGAAAUUUUUCUCUUUCUCUAUGUUGGGAUGGAUGCAUUGGACAUUGAAAAGUGGAAAUUAGCUAGUAGCAGUCCUAAAAAACCAAUUGCUUUAAGUGCAAUUAUAUUGGGCUUGGUUAUGGUUGGAAGAGCAGCAUUUGUGUUCCCUUUGUCUUUCCUGUCCAAUCUAAGUAAAAAGGAGGCACGUCCAAAGAUAUCCUUCAAGCAACAAGUAAUCAUUUGGUGGGCUGGUCUAAUGAGAGGAGCAGUAUCAAUUGCACUUGCCUAUAACAAGUUUACAGCAUCUGGUCAUACUGAGGUGCGAGUUAAUGCUAUCAUGAUCACCAGCACAGUCAUUGUUGUUCUGGUCAGCACAAUGGUUUUUGGUUUGCUGACUAAGCCGCUGAUUACUCUCCUCAUCCCACCAAGGACUGGCCCAAACACGUCAUCUAUGCUCUCAAGCCAGUCAAUUCUCGACCCACUUCUCACUAGCAUGAUGGGGUCUGACUUCGAUGUAGGUCAGAUCUCCUCCCCUCAGUACAACCUCCAGUUUAUUCUCACCGCGCCAACUCGCUCCGUCCACCGCCUAUGGCGCAAGUUUGAUGAUCGGUUCAUGCGCCCAAUGUUUGGGGGGCGAGGUUUUGUUCCAUUUGUGCCUGGAUCACCAGUGGAACGGAGCGACCCUGAUUCUCACCUGGGCACUGUGACUGAGGCAGAGCGUUGAGUCGAGGAGCCGAAGAUGUAGACAAUCCUCUGUACAUGUUCAGGCAGAUACCACUCUAUUUUGUUCUCAGAGUCAUUUGUUGUAGAUUGUUGUAUUACCUGUAGAGCUACACAAGCUUUUGUAAAUUUCUGGGAGCCAGCACCAAUUGUAGAUUAGUACUCCAAUUUAUCUGUAAAUUUAAUGUUGUUCAGAGAGAAUAAUCACAUGCUGGCAUAUUGACAUGCUUUUAUAUAAUUGUGAUGGGCCUGUACAAACAA